AGAUGGUGAUGGUGGGUGUGUGCGCGCGCGUUCAUCACAGAUCUGCGCGGAGCAAAGCUCGAGCUGCUGCCUACACUGAAGCUGCGCGUCACAACAUACACAACUCUGCAUGGCACCGACCUAUAAUCAUGAAGCCGUAAACCUGUGUUCUAGUGGAUCUAGGCUCAUAAUUCCAGGCUGAGGAUACAGGUGCUUUCAGAGACGCCAAAUCAUAUCAUCAGGUGGAAGGUGGAAAAAAAGAGACUUGGGUUAGCCUAGUUAAUGAAAAAUGUGGAUCUACGCAAGUAUUUUAACAUAUAUGCUACUUUUGGCCAGAGAUGCAAGAGCAAUGAACAAGAUUUUUGGUGAGCCGGAGCCGGUCAAGAUGGUAUCUGAGGGUUCAGACUGCCGCUGUAAGUGCGUGAUGCGACCGUUGAGUAUUGAGGCGUGCACGAGGCUCCGUGACGGAAGUUUGCGAGUGGAUGAUUUUUACACUGUGGAGACGGUGAGCUCAGGCUCUGACUGUAAAUGUUCGUGCACGGCUCCUCCCUCCUCACUCAACCCUUGUGAGAAUGAAUGGAGAACAGAAAAACUCAGGAAACAAGCUCCUGAACUACUCAAGCUCCAUUCCAUGGUGGAUCUUCUGGAAGGAACAUUGUACAGUAUGGAUCUAAUGAAGGUCCAUGCCUACAUGAACAAGGUUGUGUCUCAGAUGAACACAUUAGAAGAGACCAUAAAGACAAACCUUACCAGGGAAAAUGAUUUUGUGAGAGACAGCGUAGUGAAUCUGUCUAAUCAGCUAAAGCGCUACGAGAACUACUCCGACAUCAUGGUGAGCAUCAAAAAAGAGAUCUCCAGCCUGGGACUACAGCUGUUGCAGAAAGACGCAGCCUCUGACAAUAAAGCACAGGGCACAGAGAGUAAAAAGUCUAAGGAGGUCAUAAAACCACCCAACAAGAAACCCCCAGCUGUCAAACCUCCACCCAAACAGCCUAAAGAGAAACCUGUCAAGCCCAAGAAUGAGGCUCCUGCUAAAGCAUCAAAACCUGGAAAGCCAGACCCCACCACCAAAACCAAGACCUUAGUCCACCAGAAGGGCGUCAUCAGAGGGACAACAUUCUACAAAGCGUCUAAGACAGAGGACUCUGAAUCUCAUUCAGCAGGGAGAGGAGAGAGAGAAAACCCAGCCAAAACCCACACUGGCCACCAAACUGAGGACAAAAAGGUCUUGGAAGCCUCUGAAAUAACGUCGACUGUACCACCAAUAACAACCACCACCACGCUUGUUUCUGUGACAACAACAAGCACCGCACUAGAAACCACUAGUGAUGUGGCCAUCAUGAAUUCAACCCUGUCAACACCAACACCAGAGAAACCAAUAGGCAGUGGAGGAAAGACACACUUGCAUAAAGCAGGUAAAUCUCUAGACUGUGAGGGCACCCUUGCUUCAGUUGAGAUCCCAGAGAAGCAUCACAGUUAUGGACGGAAUGAAGGAGCCUGGAUGAAAGACCCAGUGGCCAAAGACAACAAGAUCUAUGUUACAAACUACUACUACGGCAAUAACCUGGUAGAGUUCCGUAACCUGGAGAAUUUCAAACAAGGUCGCUGGAGUAACCUCUACAAGCUUCCCUACAACUGGAUAGGAACUGGUCAUGUGGUCUACAACGGUGCCUUCUAUUAUAACAGAGCUUUCACCAAAAACAUCAUCAAAUAUGACUUGCGCAUGCGCUACGUGGCAGCAUGGACUCAGCUUCAUGAUGCGGUCUACGAGGACACCACGCCCUGGAAAUGGCGAGGCCAUUCAGACAUCGAUUUCGCCGUAGACGAGAGUGGCCUCUGGGUGAUCUACCCAGCGCUGGAUUAUGACUACUCGCAACACGAAGUCAUCGUCAUCAGCAAGCUGGACCCAAGCGACCUCUCCAUGAAGAAGGAGACCACAUGGAGGACUGGGCUGAAGCGCAACUCAUACGGAAACUGUUUCAUUGUGUGUGGCGUGCUGUACGCCAUUGACGUCUACAACCAGAAAGAAGGCGAGGUUUCAUACGCCUACGAUACGCACACAAACACGGAGGCCACUCCACGUUUGCCGUUCACAAAUCAGUACGCCUUUGUUACCCAAGUGGAUUACAAUCCCAAAGAUAAGGUGCUGUAUGCAUGGGACAAUGGCCAUCAGCUGACCUACAAUAUUCACUUUGUUGACCAAUGAAGUUCUGGACGCGGUAGGCAUCUUCUUAAUUGGGCCUGGUAAAUAGGGAAAUACACCAUUUAUAGGAGCACAUUGUUUUCUUUAUUGGUAUAAUGAUUGAGAUGAGGUGCCAAACUGACUCAGCAUUAUUUGGGAAUAUAUUUUUACCCUCAACUAAAGAGUUUAAGGACUUGCAUGUCUCAUUUUUAUGUAGUUCAUUAUCAGUCCCCAAACCUUUACCACUGUAAAUAGGGGUACAGUUAAGGAUUCUGAACAAAUAUAAAGUGUAACCUGAAUGGUUUGACACAGCUUUAUGCCAUAAUGUUUAUUCUUACAUUCAAGAUUCACAAAAUGUAUAGUAAUAUCAUUUAACAGCAACAUAAUAUCAAUUUUUGGGGGGUGGGAUGUUAAAUGUUAUGUAAAUUUCAUUAUUUUAGCUAUUUUAGCAUUUUGUAAAAUAUUAAAUUCUCAUUGUAAAUAUUUUUAAGAAUAAGUUGUGGUACAAUAUUCCUAUUAUAAACCUCAGAUUUAUCAUCUCCAGAUAUUUAAGUUUGUAGUCAAUCAACAUAAGUGGUUACUUAUGAUUACUCCUGGAUGAGUUACAGUGUUUUGUAUGUUGCAUUUACAGUAUGUGUAAAAUUUCACAUUUUGUGUAAAAUAGUUCAAAUAAACUUUCUAAAAUCA